CAAGCCCCUUCCUACUCCCUCCUCGCUCUCUUUGCAUUCUUCAUCACUUGGGCAUUUCAUCUCGAAAAUCUUUUCUCUGAGUUGAGCUUGCUGGUCAACUUGUGUCUCUGAAGUCUGAACAUAUCGCCUUCCUUGCUGAAACUCUGCUGGUCUUGCCUAGGGAGUCAGCAUUUGGUAGUUCGAUCCCGGUCCUUUGGAGACGAUUGAAAUGGAGUUCGAAGGGAUGUACCGGCAGCCUCAGAGGCCUAAGUAUGAUUGUCUCUUGUUCGAUCUCGACGACACCCUCUAUCCCGUAAGCUCUGGCCUUGCCGCAUCAUGCCGCAAGAACAUCGGAGAUUAUAUGAUUGAAAAGCUUGGCAUAGACGAGGGCAAGAUCGAUACCUUGUGCAACGUUCUAUACAAGAAUUAUGGCACAACAAUGGCUGGUCUUAGGGCAAUCGGCUACGACUUCGAUUAUGAUGACUACCACAGUUUUGUCCAUGGGAGACUGCCCUACGAGAACCUAAAACCCGACCCGGUCCUGAGGAGUCUUUUGCUCAGCCUGCCUUACCGGAAAAUCAUAUUCACGAAUGCAGACAAGAUUCAUGCAGUCGAAGCACUAAGUAGGCUCGGACUUGAAGACUGCUUCGAAGGGAUUAUUUGCUUCGAGACAUUGAAUCCUGUUCACAAGAACUCUGCAUCCGAUGAUGAAGAUGAUAUUGAGUUUGCGGGAUUGCCGAACACAACCAGAAGCAGUGACACCGGGUCUGAGAUAUUCGACAUAAUUGGGCAUUUCUCCGGACACAGUGCCGGGUCAGGACUACCAAAAACCCCUGUUGUUUGCAAGCCAUCAGAAGACACCAUCGAGCGGGCUCUCUCGGUUGCCAACAUCAAUCCCCAGAGAACAAUUUUCUUCGAGGACAGCGUUAGGAACAUCCAGGCUGGGAAGCGAGUCGGCCUUCAAACUGUGCUGGUUGGCACUUCUAACAGGCCAAAAGGUGCAGACUAUGCACUUGAGAACAUCCACAACUUGAGGGAGGCAAUCCCAGAGCUUUGGGAAUUCGAAGUGAAGUCUGAAGUGGGUUACUCUGGCAAGGUUGCUGUGGAAACGUCUGUGACAGCUUAGGUUCAUUUCUUAUGUUGUCACGCCCCUUCCUCUCCCUUGUAACACAUGAAACAUGAAAUGGCGAGAUGGAGAUGUAUGUCGCAUUUCGUAUUUACCAUUUCGCUGUAGAUGUCUUCUUUUGUGGUGAUAAUAAAAUCUCGAUACUACAAAAGGUUCUGCUUU